ACUUGCCUGUCGGAAAAUUUUCACCGCUCGGUCAAAUCUAUCGCAGUGUUUGGACGCGUCGGUCGUACGUUCGAUGCUCUCGCUGGGUGAAGAGUUUUUUUUUCUCAAGCUGUGCAGCAGUGCCAGACAGCAGAAAAUUUCUACUAUAUCGACGCCAUAUUGGAAGUGCACACAGGCAGUGGUAGGACAGCACUUGGAUCUAUUAUUGCCGUUCGUUGCGGUCCGUGUGUGCGAAAUUAGGAGUAAUUAGGGAGCAUCAAAGAAGGCGAUGCAAGUGCAAGUGAACCGGCUGAGGUUGAAGUGUCAAAAAGUUGAUCCAUAAUUGAUUGGUCUUAGAGGGACAAUUUUGAUUUCGCGAAGUGAGUAGUGGUGGAGGAAACUUUUUCAAUAGUGACAAGUGAGGUGAAGUUGAGUUCGAUCGUAGAUUGCCACUGCUAGGAAAAACGCCAACAACCAUGUCAGACGAGUUCUACGAUGAAGACGGGUUUCGUCUCGACUUCGAGGACGAUACGGCGGAUCAGGAGAAGCAGUUCUUCAUGCGAGCAUUUCCGAAUGUGAACAAAAUUUCGGAACGCAAGGUGCAUUGCACCUCGUGCUACAUGCACAUCGGAACGGCCCCAAUCACGGAAGCCGUAAUCCGAAUGCAUCCUAUAUUACGGGUAACGCACUGCCGCAACUGCCACACCUUCUACAACAGUGGCGAGUUUGAUAAGGGCGAAGAUGGCAGCGAGCUGUACUGCCGUUGGUGUGGACAGGGCGGUGAAGUGUACUGCUGCUCGAAAUGUCCGUACGUGUUCUGCAAAAAGUGUAUCGUGCAGAACUUGUCCCGUGCUUGCGUGCAGGACAUCUCCCGUAACGACAACUGGCAGUGCUUCAGCUGUGCACCGAAAAUUAUGUGGCAUCUGCGGGCCCAGCACUGGGCGUUGGUCAACUACAUCGAGAAACAGAAGAAGGACAUGAAGGAUAAGAACCUCUCUGUGCAGACCAUCAACAAUCUGAUGAAACAGGACAACACCACGUGCUGCAGCAACAAGGGGCUGAACAAAAAAGGCAGCACGCCGAUAGCGGCGAAAAAAGGCACCAAACGACCGUCCGAUGCCAAUGAAGUAAUAUCACCUGGUGCUGCCAAAAUACCGGACAGCAAGCGUAUUCUUCCUCGCCCAAUUUUGCCCGUGCAGCAAGCUGCCAAUACACCGCCGGCUCCGAAGAAGGUCAAGACAGACAACAACGAGGUUGUCUGCACUCCGGAUAUAAUGAGCAUGUUUAUGAAUCCGGAAGAACCGCCUCCAUUGGUGGCUACGAGGUCGCCUCCCGCGGCAAAACUGCCCGUACCGAAGCCAACACCAGCGCCAACACUUCCUGCCACAGUGCCCGGUAGGCAAGUGGUUGUUCGGCCAGCCAUUCCAGCAAAUGCCAAUCCCAUCACAAUGCGGAUGCCCGUGUCCAACCAGGCAAACACGGUUCCACCUCCGGUUUAUCACACAAUCAAUGGAUACAGGAUUGAUCUCCAUACUGCCGCUCAACAAGGAACUUAUCGUUUACCCAACGGCAAGUUGAUACAGGUGCGCAAACAAGCACCAGCGGCUUCACCGGCACCGGCACAGCCACCGAACGUUACUGUUAGCCGGACCAUUGCUCCGAAACCACCGAAUGCAUACUUCAACCCUGUUAGCGUAGGUCAAAACCCUCCGCGCAUGACCAACGGUGGUUCGAAUAUGCAUAUAAAUAUUGCUCUUCAGCAACAACAGCAGUUGCAGGAACAACGCCUGCGCCAGCAACAACAGCAACAGCAGAUGCUUCAGCAGCAACGUCAGCAACAGCUAAUGCUUCAGGCUCAAGUCCAAGCUCAAUCUCAAGCUGGUCAACCGCAACCAACGAUCGUCGCAGGCCAACCGAAUCCUGCUCUUCAAUUACCCACUUUGGCUAUGCUUCAAAACUUGGUCAAUGGGUCUCACGAAGACUCGCCUCUCGGAAAGUCUCGUAAGAACUUCGAAGGCAAGCUGUUGUCCGGCGUUGAAAUCUGCCAGCACAUCGUCAAUAAGAUCAACACCUUGACCAAUUCGAAUUCGUUCAAAAACAUUCGCAACGUGCGGGAUCUCAAGGAGCUGUACAUCCACGUAUCCUAUCUGCUAACGUACGCCAUUGGACGGUUUAAGACUCUCCAGGAAAAGUGCGUCGACGAUGUGAAGAAGAUGGGUUUCACUAAGGAAUCGGACUUUGUGAUGAUGGGUGACCAAAUUAGCAACCGAAAUCCAGACGAAGAUAAGAGCGACGAUGAGGAUGACUGUGAGAUUAUCGAACAGAACACGACACUUAUCAAUCUCGAUUCCGAGGACGACGACGAUAGCAGCAGCAAGAAAAAGAAGGAUGACGGAGCUAACAAGGGUGUACCGUGUUCGAAAGAGACUGAAGCUGCCGUGGCAACCAUUCUGCAGGAGAAGGACGAUGUCAAUACAUCCAGUGAACUGAUUUCCGUGGAUAGCGUGCCGCAGAUAAGUGCUGUCGAAGGGAACGUAUCUCUGGACAAGAUUGAUACAGCGGUUACAGAUAAAAAUACCGAGAAUACAUCCACCGUAGAGAGUACAAAGGAGACAGUUGAUGGCGAAGCAAGCGUCGAAAUAAUUGAAGCAGAAAAGAGUAAAAACGAUGAUGACUUGGUGGAAAUCAUCGAGGGUGAUGAAAAUGAAACAUCGAAGGAUGAUGCGGACAAAGUUGCGGAGAGUGCAGCUGAACCUAAAGACGGUGAUGAGCCGGACGAUGUGGUGGAGAUCAUCGAAGAGGGCGAAGACGAAGAGCAAAAGGAGAAGGAAGCUGAUAAGAAGGCGGAUGUUGAGGGGAAGAAAGAUUCUGCUGAUGAGGAAAACGUGGAGCAAGUUGCCGAAGAGAAGAAGCAACAGGAGAAGGAAGCUGAUGGGGUGGAGGUUGAGCAGAAGAAAGAUUCCGUCGAUGAUGAUAAAAUGGAGCAAGUUGCAGAGGAGAAGCAAGAAUCUGUUGUGACAGUGCUAGUUGUGACUGAGGAGACGUCAAAGGAGGUGGACGAUGUGGAGAUGGAAUCUGCGGAGGCUGAAAAACCGACAGAGGUGGAAAGCGUCGAUGCCAGCAAGAAGGUAGUCGAAAGUGAGAAUAAAGAAAAUGAAUCACCAGAAGUGAACUCUGAGGAGCCGGAAAGUGCAGUUACGGUGGAAAAGGAAGCAGAUAAGGAGGAAGAAGAAAGUGAAAAGUUGGUAGAAUCCGAUAAAAUGGAAGUGGACGCACAAAAGGACGAUGAAGUGGAAAGCAGUUCAGCAACGGAACUGACACAGGAGGAAGAGAAGCGUGGCGAAUCUGAAGAUGCUCCAGUAUUGACAGAACCUGUUGACGACGAACCGGUCACCGUCGCUGAUUCGGAACCAGAAACCAACCAAACCGAGGACAAAGCACCUGUCGAUGGACCUAUCGCCGAAGCGGAAGAAUUGAUAAAUUCGGAAAUCGAACCACCUGUUCCUAAGAGUGCCGACGAAAACGAAACGACCAAACCUGCUGAACCCACCGUAUCAACCGUUGAUGCUCCAGUAGAACCUGUCGUAGAAGAUACUGUUGAACUGUCCGAAGACGCUCCAGUGGAACCAGUCGUAGAAGAUACUGCUGAACUGUCCGAAGAUGCUCCAGUGGAACCUGUCGCAGGAGAUACUGCUGAACUGUCCGAAGAUGCUCAGGUCGAACCUGUCAUAGAAGAUACUGCUGAACUGUCCGAAGAUGCUCCAGAGGCACCUGUUGCAGAAGAAACACCUACAGAUGCAUCUCCUGCCGUCAAAGCAACCGCCGCAUCAUCCGUGGAAGAAAUCCCCGCAAUGGAAACCACCAAGGACGAAUCCGCUGCCGCAGAGGACGCUCCGGAAGCGAAAGAUACCACCGGUGAAGAACCCCCUGCAGUAGAGAUCCCGGACGUACCAACGGGUAAUGAGCUACUUGCACAAAUCGAAGACUCCUUCCAGAAGUUGCAGGAAAUGAUUAAUUCUACCGAGGAUGUUACCGAGGAAACCAACGAUCAACAGUCUACCGAAGCCGAAACGACGCCGGCCGGUGAUGAACAAAUGGAAGUAGAUGACGAUGUAACUGUAGCAGUCCCAGAAGAUUCAGCAAAUUCCACGUCUGACGAAAAGCAGGAAAUUUUAGCGCAAAGCACCGACGACACAGAAUCAGGUGACGUACCGAUGGUGGAUGACGAGGAAUCGGUAGAGUGCAAUGGUGUGCUUGAAGAGAACGGUACUACCAGUUCGGAUGGAAGUCAGGACGCGCCGGAGAAAAUGCUGACCGGCGAUAAGGUGCCGAUAGAGGUUGGUAAAACGGCCUCCGCUGAUCUCGAGUAUGUGAACUCACCAGAGGAGUUCAAUGGGGAUUGUUAGAUAGUAAGACAAGUUGUACAAAUAGUUUCUUCUGGCCCUAGUGGAUAAUUUAGUGAGACAUAGUGACUUGUCUCUUAUAUUUAUAAAGCUUCGGGCUUACUAUAUUCAUCAUUGGGCUCUGAAGUUAAGUAGUGUAACACUACUUUAAGAAGUCUUAUCAAUGGACAGCACAUAAAAUCCUAGAAAAAAAAAAUGAUGUCGAUUCUCCAUUUAGGGUGUAAGUUGGCGGUAAUGUCGAAUGGGAUAUUUAAGCUUAUAUGUUUUUUUUUUUUCAUUCUUCAACAAUUCCUAUCCGUAGUUAUCCGUAGCUAUCUAAGAAUAGGUACACCGCUUCAGAGUAUUUUGUUUUUAUUGAGAUCUAUUCGUUUUAAACACUGAUGGUACAUGAUUAACUUUGAAAAAAAAUGAAUGUAACUUGAGUAGUGAGGACUCAAAUUUAAUGCAUUAAGUAGCCAUUAAGUAAUACACAGAAUAAUAAAUUGCAUUAAUCGUCAUUUGAAUGUCAA